AUGAGUUUGGGCCUACCGACACAGAUACGCUCCAGUCUCCAGGCACAGGCCUUCCCGAUCCCGUCGUCGGCCUGGAUAGAGAGCGCCCUGCCAAACCGAAACCCGCUUCCCCCCCUGCCAGCGCUAGUGGCUACGAUCAAGACGCGUCUGUUGGCCGUCGACCUGACGACCCCGGGUCUGCUCGAGGCGCCCGCGCCCGCGUUUCCCGCGAACCUGGUCAACCCUGAGGUCACAGAGAUCAAGCUGGCGGAAGACAUCCCCGUCCAGGUCCUCGACGUCGAGAACCUAUCCAGGAGCAAGUGGGAGCAGGUCGAGGAGCUCGAGGCCAUCGCCCGCGGCGAGCAGACCAAGGGCCGCGAGAUCGUCCGCCUACCAAUCCGCAACGCCGCCGACGGCGACGACGACGAAGACGGUGCCGGCGAAGAUACCGCUGCGGGUAGGAGUAGCGGGAGUGCUGCCGCCUCUGCUGCCGCAGCUGCGCGUGCCAACGCCAACGCGACGCACCGGCUGGUGCUGCAGGACUGCCAGGGUCAGAAGGUGCACGGGGUGGAGCUGAAGCGGAUCGAGCGCGUGGGCGUGGGCGUGCUGAACAUCGGCGAGAAGAUGAUGCUGCGGCGGGGCGCGACGGUCGCGCGCGGCGUCGUGCUGCUCGAGCCGGCGACGUGCGCCGUGCUCGGCGGCAAAGUCGAGGCGUGGCAGCGGGCGUGGCUCGACAGCCGGCUCGCGCGGCUCAAGGAGGCUGUGGGCGCGGACGCGGCGUGA